GUUACUCUUGGAGUUUAUCGAUUAAAGUCACUUAAACAUGCGAUUGCGGGCCUAGUCCAGUUAGCCUUAACCUUAAUAAAUAAAAAGUGCAAGGAAACAAUCUUUAUGAUUUUCGACUCUUAGCUUUGCUAAACUUAUAGCAUGACAUAUGUAAUCCUAUUUAUGGUUUGAUGCUCUCAACAUGGUGAAAUCUAACAGAUGUAAAAUUUGAGGAUAACUAGCAAAAAUAUCAAAAUGCUAGCGCUUGUGUACGAAGAGGGUACCCUAUACCCUUUUCAAAACUCAGUCACGUAAAAAUAUUUGGCCGUUACGAACAAUAUUCAAACUUCGUUCUCAUAAACGCGAAAUUUUAGGCGAUAACGUUUCACAUAAAAAUAAAAAGUCACUUUCAUGAAUUGAUAAUUUUACUUUUUUCUAGACACAGUACGUAAUGACUGACUUUGAAUUAUAUUUCUAAAGUUGUGACACGAAAGGACAAAUGUCUCUCGAAAAUGGAAUAAAGGAAGGUUUCGGAAUUCGUGAAUGAAUUUUUGGACUUUUGCCAAAGGUUUCGACGCGAGAUGUAGAAGUCGAUGUAAGUGUCCACAGUGCACAUUGAAAUUACAGCGGUUAUUCCCGCAAAAAGAGAAACAAGCUUUGAGUUGUUCUCGUGAAAUAAGCGUCCAUAUAGAAAAUUACUCUCGCAUUGGGACUCUUCGAGCUUUCUACAGUGAGAGCCGCGCAUCAAAUACCAAAAGUGCAAAACCGCAUGACUUUGGAAGUUAAAUACUAGAAACAAAAUAUAAUUUUUACUUUUCGCUAUAAUUACUUCAUGGAUGACUAAGCUUCAAAGACUCUCGCGUCACACGUCAUGUAUGAGGUAACGCAAGAUCGUCAUUUUGUCAGCCCAAGGCCGCACCACUCUCCAAAAAUGAAUGCUCUGACCAAUGACAAUGUGGUAACCCUUGGAAGUCUCCUGGCUCAAGAUUUGCCCCAGGCCUACAUCCUUCCUGAACGACCAUCAACAUUCAACCACAAAGCAAGUUUCGUAAAUAGUAGGAGUUACCUCAUCCAUGACUAUUCUACAGACAUGACCGCUGACCAUAGAUACCUGAAGGCUAUGAGAGCGUGCGCUGUGGCUGGGAACGAUCUUCCAAUUUUACUGACAUGCGCUGUGCAUCCGCUUAUUACCGAGCAUUGGUCCAAGUGGCUGCCUUUCCUUCCGAGACCCGAUAUUAGAAUUUUCGAAAAUGAAGAUACUGAAAAGCGGCCUUUGGUUGUCAAUUUUCCAUUUGAAAAUUUUCCCGCCGAAAAACACGCCGUGGAUCCCGAUAUCCACUACAUUCUCAGCUCCAAGACGAGAAUUCCAGAAAUGGGAGCACCCUGCCCUCGGUACAUGUCACGUGACAACUACACGGUACCUUGUAUGAUCAAAACCACCCAAGGGGUAGGGGGUAGGGGUGUGUUUCUUGCCAGAUCACAUGAUCAAGCCCUGGAAGCCUUUCUUGAACUUAAAAAUAAUUUCCACUGCUAUGAACCAGUCAUCACUGAAGCAGUUGAAAACGUUACCGACUUUUUGAAUGUCCAACUGUACCUUUUCCAAAAUGGCGACUUUCACUGGUUGGGCGUCCGACGAAAGAUGAAGGAAAAAUCGUCCUGCCAACACGAUUUGGUCCCCGAUGUUGAUUGGAACGAGCAAGAGGACCAAAAAAAUCUGGUUUGGGAUGUUGUCAAACCGGUAAUGGCAUACCUUAAUAAACAUGGCUACUUCGGUUUUACAGGGGUUGAAAUCUUAAUCAACAAUCGAGGCAAGUUCUUAAUCGAUGUCAAUCUCAAGACUUCAGAUUCGACAUAUUUAUUGCUGUUAGCGCCUCACUUUGCGGCGAAUUUAAACUUUCCUGUCUCCAUUGUGGCUGAAAUUCUUCCAACAAGUAUCGAAGCAUUGCUUGAGCAGAUAGACAAGUUGAAUUGUGAAGAUGAAGGCAGAGCGAUACUGCUGUCGGGAGAUGUAACAUCGCUUAGUAAGCCAAUCAAGUCUUGCAUUGUUGUGUUUGCCAAGGACCAGCAUACAGUAUUUCUGUUGCAUAGAAGACUUCUUCGUUCGUGCGCAUCGCUCAUUUGUAAUGGUGCAGGCGAUCACGAUGGAGAUAGGAUUUCAAAUACAAGAGUUUUGCUAAAAUGAUAAACAUUGUUCUUGGGGAAAAUGAAAGAGGACAUUCUUCUUUCAAAAUUAAUGACGUUUUGGACUGUUCGUGUUUUGAAAGGAGUCAUCCUUUUGGCACAGUUUUAUUUUUCUUUAUAGCAACAUAAAAAUCGGCACAAUGUGGUUUACAAAAUAAAUAAAAUUGCAAAGCUUCUAGAAUUAAAGUUGUCUUAUUAAGCAUGAAUUGUCGCAGUAGAUACUAUAACAGAAAAUUUGAAGAUUUUGAAUUCAUUAAGGGGCCGACCAU